AUCUGGAAUAAAUUAUAAAAAAAUAUCCUGCUACGGAUUUCGAAUUAAAUAAUUGUAUUUUUUGCUACCAAACCAAAGUAAAAUGGCGCAAGUAAACCAUAGUGCUAAUGACAUAAUGAACAACGAGACAGAGAAGAAAGUUAUGAAUGCCAAUAGAUAUGCCACGAGGAAGACAAUUGCCCAGGGCAUGUUGGAUAUAGCGUUGCUGACUGCAAACGCAUCACAACUUAAAUACAUUUUACAAGUGGGAGAGCAGCAUCCGUUCUACAAAUUAAUGUUGAUUCUUAUCAGUCUAUCAAUAGUAUUGCAGAUCCUGUCUGGUGUAUUUAUUUUAUCAGCGAGUCUAAUGCGUGAUUGUCGUUUGCACAAGCCUGAAUUUCAUCAAUCGGCCGAUAUUAUAAAUCAUUUUCGAACGGGUUUCGCUUUUCUUGUAACCAUGAUCAAUUUAUUUAUAUCGGCAUUUGAUUCUCGUUUACCGCCAUCACAUGGAGAUUUUUUAAGUGGUUUAAAUUAA